AUGGCGGGCAUACAUCCCUCAACUCCUACGCAGGUGGCCAGCAGUGUGUGCGCCCCCCACCCCAGUGUGGGAAGCCUACAGGAGGCGCGCACCCCGCCCAGCGUGGGUGGCCGUUGGGGGCGCACCUCCCCACCCCGCCGCACAGGUGCUUGGCGGGAAAUUACCAAUCUUUCUUCCUUGCAGUCUUCUGUAGCCUACAACAUUGUAAUUGAUGGAAGAACAUACAUUCUGAACCUAACGCAGAAAACCUUUUUACAUCAUAAUUUUAGAGUCUAUGGUUAUCAAGGUGCAGGAAGUAUGAAACCUCUUAAACAAAAUUUCCAGAAUCUCUGCUUUUACCAAGGAUUUAUUGAAGGUUUUAAAAAUUCCAUGGUGAUGGUUAACACAUGUACUGGACUCAGAGGCUUACUACAGUUUGAAAAUACCACUUAUGGAAUUGAACCCCUAGAUUCUGCUGUUGGAUUUGAACAUAUGAUUUAUCAAGCCAAACCUAAUAAUACAGGUGUUUCAUUGUAUGUGGAGGAGGUGAAGUCAAGAGACCUGCCCUAUAAAAUACAAAGUGUAAAGCCAGUAGAAGAAUUUUCACAAUAUAUAGAAAUGCAUAUUGUAGUUGAAAAAAAUUUGUAUGAUCACAUGGGUUCUGAUACAUCUAUUGUUACUGAAAAAAUUUUCCAGUUGAUCGGAUUGACCAAUGCUAUUUUUGCUUCACUUAAUACUACAGUAAUUCUAUCUUCAUUGGAGCUUUGGAUAGAUGAAAAUAAAAUUUCAACUACUGGAGAUGCUAAUGAUAUAUUAAACAGAUUUUUAAUGUGGAAAAAAUCUUACCUUGUUUUGCGUCCACAUGAUGUGGCAUUCUUACUUGUUUACAGAGAAAAUUCAGCCUAUGUUGGUGCAACCUAUCAAGGGAAGAUGUGUGAUAGAAUAUAUGGAGGAGGUGUUGCUAUGCACCCCAAGAUUAUAAAUUUGGAGUCACUUUCUAUUAUUUUAGCUCAGUUACUGAGUCUUAGCAUGGGGAUACCUUAUGAUGACAAGAGCAACUGUCAUUGUCCUGGAGCAGUCUGUAUAAUGAACCCAGAAGCAAUUCAUUCCAGUGGUAUGAAAAGCUUUAGUAACUGCAGCAUGGAAGACUUUGCACAUUUUAUUUCAAAACCUAACUCCCAGUGUCUUCGUAAUCAGCCACAUUUAGAACCAUCAUUCAAAUCUGCCAUUUGUGGUAAUGGAAUAGUAGAACCAGGAGAACAGUGUGACUGUGGAACUGAAGAGGAAUGUCGUCGGACACCAGGGCAUUGUUGUAAUUUUGCCACCUGUACAUUCGUUGGUGGAGCAAAUUGUGCUACAGGAGAGUGCUGUGAAGGAUGUUUUUUUAAGAGUAAAGGAGAAUUAUGUAGGGAACCCAAUAAUGAAUGUGAUCUCCCUGAAUUUUGCAAUGGAACAUCUUCAGUCUGUCCGGAAGACUUUUACAUUCAGAAUGGGCAUCCUUGUGGAGGAGAACAGUGGAUAUGUCUGGAAGGAAAGUGUUUGAAUGGAGAGAAACAAUGUAUCGAUACAUUUGGUGAUGGUGUAACUUUUGGUAGUGAAGAAUGUUUUAAAGAAAUUAAUUCUCUGAAUGAUCGAACUGGGAACUGUGGUUUACAUGAUACUGGAUACAAACCUUGUCUAACUAAACUACAGUACAUCACCUUCUACAGCAAAAUGCUUCAGGUUUUUUUCUGCUUCGGGCAAGUUUGCAAGGAUAAGCAAUGUGUUGAUAUGAGUUACUUGAAUUAUGACUGCGACAAAAAGAAACAUUGCAAUGAUCGAGGUGUAUGCAAUAAUAAAAAACAUUGCCAUUGUAACCCUGGCUAUUUACCUCCAGAUUGCAGCACUCAAGAUAUGUCAUCACUUGGUGGGAGUUUGGAAAGUGGAAAUUUCCACAUUAGCAGUCGCUAUUCUGAGAUCAAAUACAGUCCCAGACCUGUGAAAUGGCCAUUGUUCUUGCUCAUUCCCUUCUUCAUUAUUCUUGGUUUACUGAUUGUUAUACUGGUAAAAUUAAAUGGUCAAAGAAAAAACUGGACAGCAGAUGACUAUGCAAAUGAUGAGCAAUAUGAAAGUGAAAGUGAACUCAAAGAGGAGCCUGGACAAGAGGAAACAUAUGAUUCCAAAGUGAGUGCCAAAUAA